CUUCGGUACUGCCUAGCUUUCUGUGAAGGAGAGCACGUCUUACGAUCAUGGAAUUUAGCCAACCGUAUAAAUGACCAGUCUCUGACCGUCAACAUCAACAAUGCAAAGAUAGCCGAUGGGACUUCAAGAGAUUGUUACAAUGAAGAACUUUCCCAGAUAUGCGGUCUGCAGAAGUGUGAGGCCCGGGGUGAUCACUGUCUGGAACAUUGUGAAAUCAAAGUGUAAAAGCAGUGCUGUGCGCGUGGAGCGAGGAUUGAUGGAGAGCAACGACAUUGUGUUAGUCAGAGACAUGAAGCUUUAUAUCCUCACUGACAGGGGUAUGGCCUCAUUCACUGACACCCCCAGACCUAUAUUUCAGACUCUUCUCACUUAUGAUUUGCUGAAGAAAAAAUACGUCCGCCGGCAGACAGGCCUCUAUGUUAUACCUUGUCCUAAGCAUGAGUACAGGGUCCUGGACAAAGGACUACUCCUGGGGCUUUCAGAAAAUAGGGAUCAUUUUGUUAUUUGGAAUAUGGAGACAGGCUUUAUAAAGGAUCGGUUAAGGCCACAAUUUAAGUCUUUGGUCCUGGACAUAAUGGCAGACAAUGACAUAUCUAAGGAAACUAUUGAGAAAAAAGUGAAGCAGCGAAAGAAGAAAAUGAAUGAGACAGCUAUUAUCACACCAUGGGAAAGACGCAACGAGACCAAAACUGCAAAGCAACGCAGGAAGGAGAGGGAGAUAAAGCAAGAGAUGGAAAGGAUCCAACAGCUGGCUAAUGAGAAGAACAAUGUUAUAGAUCAGUACCUCUUGAGUGAGGAUGAAAAGGUGAUCGUAUGCUCAUACUAUGCCCACCACCUCUGUGUGUUUAGCCUGGAGACCGUCACCCACCUGCAUACUCUGGAGGACAAGACAUCAAUGCUCUUUUUACAUAAUGCUGCUCUGACAUACAAUGGCAGUUUCUUGGCUCUCUCCAAUUACUGUGAUGCUGACAAAACUAGCUAUGUAACUUUAUGGGAUCUUCAGAAUGGACUGGUCAAGAAAAGACUGAAAAAUGAACCAAAUAUUUGUUGUGUGUCUAUCACCGACGAAGCUGACAGAAUUGCUUUUGGAGUGUCUUCUGAAAACAUACUGAAGGUCUGGGAUCCUUUCAGGCGUAAACACAAGAUAAUUCCAGGAUAUGAAAACCUCUGUCUUACAGUACACAGCAAAAUACAAAUCAUAGAAAGAGGAUCAAAAGCAAUCUUACUAUCAGGUGAUGUCAGCUUGUGGGACCUGGACAAUGGAACUGUGGUUUCAGUUUUUACCCCUGAUAGUAAAAUCUGUUGUUUGACCUUAGCUGCUGACAGAAAAACCAUUCUGAUUGGCAUGAGCGAUACACCUUCACUUGUCACCCUCAAGAUUGCGUCCAAAGAUAAAGACAGCUCUUAUUAUGUAGGGACAGAUCUAUUUGGAGAAGAAUCUACAAGUAGCGAAGAUGAACCUGAUGAGAAAGACCAACCAUUAAGGAUCUAAACUACAAAAUGAUAAUGCAUCUAAUAUAUAAAACUGAGUGUAUGUGUGUGUAUGUAUGUAUGUAUGUAUGUAUGUCCACUAA